CUCAGCCCACCUUAGCAACUCUUUACAUUUUAUACUCUUUAUACAUUUGGACUGUUGAAUCUGAUUCAGGCUGUCCUGAUCUCUUCACUCUUAUGAACGGGAGAUGCUGCAAACUGUGUCCUCCAGGACAAUAUCUGAAGGAGUUCUGCACAGAAACGACAGAAACCGUGUGUCUCCCGUGUCCCGACAACUCCUUCUCCCUACAACAUAACGCCUUUGACAAAUGCACAGAAUGCCAUUCGUGCCAAGGUGCCCACCGAGAACGAGAAUUGCCGUGCUACUCAACCGCAAACGCAAAAUGUACGUGCCUCGAUGGUUUCCUGUGUUCCGAUGACGCGUGCUCGCAAUGUGUGGAAAACAAUUGCGAUGCCGGCGAGAGAGCAGUCAAGACAGGAUCCGUCGCAGGCCUGAGGCAGUACAAGUGCCAGUCAGCGUGCCCUGAUCAUGAGUAUCUGGACACGAAAAUGAAUAUCUGCAAGCCAAAACUACAGUGCAAAAGGGAAGGACUCCUGGAGCGGUUUCCGGGGAACACAACCCAUAACGCAGUUUGCCAUCAACGCGGCGCUGAACCACGAACUGAUUCCGAAACGGAAAGUGGCAGAGAUGCCCUCUGUGUGACCUGGCGCAUUGGAUGUGUGUUGCUGGCUCUCAUUCUUCUCGUGAUCCUGACUUACACCUCUAUAAAAGCCAUAAAGAAAUGUAGAACAGAUAAAACCAACAGUGCCUCGCCAGUGACCGAAAAUGACUCACAUCUGUCCAAGGAAGAAAGCGGACUCCAGCAGCUCAUCAUCCAGACCGAUUCCAGCAAGAGCCAACUCCAGGAAAUAGUCACCGCCUUGCAAUAGAGAUGACAAAAGCAGUGUAUUGAAUUGCAUUGCUUUGGUAGCCACACAAAUAUGAUAUAUAUUUACUCGAGAGAUAAAAAUCGUGUACAUAUUCUAUACUCUGCUUGUUUAUUUGUUUUUAAGGCUUGUUGUUGUAUGGCUCACUUCACCUUUCUACAGUAUGUCAACACUCGUUCCCAGCAACCAAUCAUGGAGAGCAUGUUAAAACUGUGCCAUACUAUGAUUAUGAUGAAAGCUGUUGUUAUUUUUGCAUGAAAAAUAUACAAUCCCUCCAUCCAUUUUGUGAGCCACUUAUCCUCACGAGGGUCGCAGGGAGUGCUGGAGCCUAUCCCGGCUGUCAACGGGCAGGAGGCAGGGGACACCCUGAAUUGGUCGCCAGCCAAUCGCAGGCCACAUGGAGAUAAACAACCAAUCACACUCACAAUCACACCGAGGGGCAAUUUAGAGCGUCCAAUUAAUGUUGCGUGUUUUUGGGAUGUGGGAGGAAACCGGAGUGCCCGCCCGGAGAAGACCCACGCAGGGACGGGGAGAACAUGCAAAGUCCACACAGGCGGGUCCGGGAUUGAACCUGGGACAUCAGAACUGUGAGGCCAACGCUUUCCAGCUGAGCCCACCGUG